AUGUGCUGCUAUCCCCCCCCCCCCUGGCAACGCCCAUAUGAAUCGUCCGCUCUUGAGGCCUCUUCACUGACCCGGCCUUUCCCCACCCUCCAGACUGUCGAUGACCUCUCGGCCCCUCUGUUGAGCUUGGCCGCGUCCCGGGCCGGCACGCGCUCCUCCGUGGCUGGGAUUGACUUGGCUCCCCGCUCCGGGGAUCUACCGCCCAUCUCGGUGCGCAUCUCGGACGAUCUGCUGGAGGCCACUGCCAAUGGAGGCGAUCCCGGCGUGGCUCUCGACGCCAGCCAGGCCGAGGCUGCCCCGCAGGCCGAUGUCCCGGCCGCGGCCGCCGCCUUUGAGACGCGCGGCGUCUCGGGGGGGCCCGCUUCCCCCGCUCGGCAGCCCAUUUUCGGGCUCCCCUCGGCCAAUGUCGCCGCCGGCAAGGGGCCAGACGCGCUCCCGGCGGAAUUCUACACGCGCGAGGGCGUUCCGGAGCGCCUCGCCCUGGUGGCCUCCCGCAAUGCGGGGGUCUCGCUCGGGAGGCGGAACUAUGCCCAUCGGCUGUCUUCGGCGUCGGUUUUCCUGAACUUCAACGCCGGGGCUGAUCCCUCGGUGUCCGGCUCGCCGGCCAUCGCCAAGGGCAGCCCUCUGAGCGGGCCAUCCUCCAGCCUGGCCAGCGCCCCUGUCGAGGCGGCUUCCCCGGAGGAGGCUCCCAUUGAUGAUCCCAUCGAGCAGGACUCGGAUGCUCACCUUGACGAGAUCAUCGCCCAGUUGACCGAGUCUGUGGAGGCCGACAACUCCCCCCCGGUCCCCAACGAGCCGUCCAGCCCGACCCCAGUCAGCCGCUCCGCCUCGACUCUGUCCAACUUGUCCUCCAAGUCGAGCUUCGCCUCGUCGAAUGAGCUCCUGGCCGAGACGGCCACCGCCCAGGAGUCCGAGGCCGACGAGGCGGAUCUCUCGCCCCCGAUGUCGGCGCCCACGCCACCGGUCCCGGAUAGCGGCAGCAAGGAGGUCGAGCAGCCGGCUCUGUCGCCGGCCCCGAGCACCGAGCAGCUGGCCCCCCUGCCGGAGCCUGCCCCGGUGGCUGGCACCGUGUCACUUCCGCCGCCGAUUGUCACGACGGCCCCGGAGGAUCAAGCCCCCAUCAUUGCCCAGGCCCUGCCGCUAUUCAACCCCUUUGCUCCGUUUGCAUUUGGCGACCCGCCGGCCGACACAUCGGCCCUGGUUGAAGUCCCCGGCAUCCUGCGCUGUGCCUUUGUCUUUGUUCGGUGUGCCGAUCUGCCGGCUGUCCAGACGGAGGAGGCUCUCUCGGAGUCGCUCGAGUCCUCCGGACGCGCGCGUGUCUGCUAUGCCUGGGACAUCCCGAAUGAUGCGACCGUGCAGAUGAUCCGGGAGGAAGCGCGCCGGGUGUGGGCCGCGCACCGGGCCAACCCGGCGCCCGUAGAGUCCACCCCUGUCGAGGCCGAUGAUGAGGUUGACCCUGGCGAUGUGGUCCUCCGCUUUGCCAACACCCAUGGCUUGUUGGUGGAGCUUUUCGACGGGACCCAGCUCCUGGGAUGA